AUGCUUGCUCAUCUUUUUAUUGCCUGUAGUUUUUUUAUUGGCAUUAUCUUUACUAAUCCUAUCAAAGAUUCAAUUGAUUAUGAAUUACUUGGGGGUGGAGUCGAAGGGGAUAUGUUUUUCCCCGAUGGAUAUGAUCCAACAAAGAAUCAUUCCGAUGCAAAAGGUGUAGCUGCUUACGGAAAUCGCCUAUGGCCAAACAAUGUUGUUCCAUAUGAUUUAUCUUCGAUCAUAGAUGCUGGACAUCGUAGCAUUGUCCUACAAGCAAUCGAUGCAUUAAUGAAUGCAACAAGCACAAUAAUUCCAGGAACAACAACACGUAAACCAUGUAUUACUAUUCGACCAAGAACAGCAAGUGAUCCAGUCUUUGUUAAAAUUCAAUAUGGCACUGGAUGUAGUGCAUCGGUAGGAUAUGGUUCAGGUACAAGAUCAAUGACAUUAGAAAAUCCUGGUUGUUUUCGUUCCGGCACUAUUCAACAUGAAUUUUUACAUAGUCUGAGUACGUAUUAUUCGAAAUUCUUCAUAGGUAUUUAUCAUGAACAAUCACGUCCUGAUCGUGAUGAUUAUAUUACUGUCAAUUAUGCUAAUAUGGAUCCAAGCAAAGCACACAACUUCAACAAAUAUGUUUGGGGUAGUACUGCGCUCGAUCAAAAUACACCUUACGACUACGGAAGUAUAAUGCAUUAUAGUGCCAGUGGUUUUUCUAAUAAUGGAUUACCAACUAUUACACCAAAAGAUCCAAAUGCAAAAAUUGGUCAACGAGUUAGCCUUAGUGCAAUAGAUAUUGCUGAAGUUCGUGCCCUUUAUAAAUGUUCGAGUUAA